UGCCGGGAUCGCCGCCGCCGAGAUGGCCGGCUGCGGGGGCAAGUCCCACCGCAGGACCUCGCUGCCCUGCAUCCCUCGCGAGCAGAUCAUGGGGCAUUCUGAAUGGGAUCACAAACGAGGACCUAGAGGAUCUCAGUCCUCAGGUACCAGCAUUACGGUGGACAUAGCUGUCAUGGGAGAAGCUCACGGACUCAUCACAGAUCUCCUGGCUGACCCCUCCCUCCCGCCCAACGUGUGCACCUCCCUGCGGGCUGUCAGCAACCUUCUGACCACCCAGCUCACCUUCCAGGCAGUUCACAGGCCCAGGGUCAGCCCCUUGGCAUCCUUCAAUGAGAACUACACCUGCUCCGACUCAGAGGAGAGCUCCGAGAAAGGAGAAAAGCUGGCCGUUCCAAAGCGUUUCCGGAAAAGUCUGCCGCCAGGUCUCCUGCGACGAGUAUCGUCCACUUGGACAACAACCACCUCGGCCACCGGCUUGCCGACCUUGGAGCCAGCUCCAGUGAGAAGAGACCGCAGUGCUAGCAUCAAACCCCAUGAUGCAUCACCAUCUGGCUCCGAACCUUGGAACAACUCCCUCUUGAUGAGCAUCAGCAAAAGCAAAUCCUUCUCUGCCUCCUAUGCCGUGUCUGCCGCCAACCAUUUGAAUUCCAGAAGACCAAGCCGACAAGGUAUCCCACCAAACAUUUCACCUCUCACCUCCCCAAGCCAUUCACCCCUCCAGGGGACUCCGGCCAACAGUCCCACCAGCAAGACCUCAAAUGAACAGUUCCCGGAGUCGACGGUCACAGCUGCACAGCAAACCAGCAAGUCCCACAGACUCUUAGCUUGUACUCAGAGUGCACCAAACCUAUCGGAACCUGUUGUGGUCACUCCUGUUGUUUGCAGCAGCUGUGGCAGGCCGUAUAACCAAAGAGAUCCAGGAGAGAGAAUUUUGGAAAGAAGCGAUGGAACGACGCACCCCCUGAACAGAACAGAUGACCUGGCGCAAACGACCUCCGACUACGAAACAAACAACAGCGACAGCAGCGACAUUGUGCCGAACGACGAUGACGCAGAUUGCUGCAAGGAGCAGGCGCGGACAGGGGCCGUCUGUACGCCGUAUCCUCCGGACACAAUCCUAUUACAUCCCUUGUUGCCGCCUGAGGAGAAGCCUAUUCUAGCCCCCGAGCCUCUAAUAAUGAACAACUUGGACCCCCUUAUGGAACAGCUCAACAGUUGGAAUUUUCCGAUCUUUGACUUGGUUGACAAGAUCGGCAAGAAGUGUGGCCGGAUCCUCAGUCAGGUAUCCUACAGGCUGUUUGAGGACAUGGGUCUAUUUGAAACCUUCAAAAUUCCUGUGAGAGAAUUUAUGAACUACUUCCAUGCCCUGGAGUGUGGAUACCGAGAGAUUCCGUACCACAACCGGAUCCAUGCCACUGACGUUCUCCAUGCAGUUUGGUACCUUUCAACCCAGCCUAUACCCGGACUCCCAACUAUGAUUAAUGACCAUGGGUCAGCAAGUGAUUCAGAUUCUGACAGCGGGAUCACUCAUGGUCACUUGGGCUACGUGCUUUCAAAAACGUAUUCACCGACCGACGACAGCUACGGCUGCUUGGCCGGCAACAUCCCUUCCCUUGAACUGAUGGCCCUUUAUGUAGCUGCUGCCAUGCAUGAUUAUGACCACCCGGGAAGAACCAACGCCUUCUUGGUGGCAACCAGCGCUCCUCAGGCUGUUCUAUACAACGACCGCUCUGUUUUGGAGAACCACCAUGCCGCCGCCGCCUGGAACCUCUUCAUGUCCAGACCAGAAUACAACUUCUUGGUCAACCUCGAUCACAUGGAGUUCAAGCACUUUCGAUUCCUUGUCAUCGAGGCCAUUUUGGCCACUGAUCUGAAGAAACACUUUGACUUUGUAGCUAAAUUCAAUGCCAAGGUGAACGACGAUGUCGGCAUUGACUGGACCAACGAGAACGAUCGCUUGCUGGUGUGCCAGAUGUGCAUCAAACUGGCUGACAUCAAUGGGCCGGCGAAAUGCAAAGAACUGCAUCUGCGGUGGACGGAGGGCAUUGUGAAUGAAUUUUAUGAACAGGGCGAUGAAGAAACCAGCUUAGGCCUCCCUAUCAGCCCGUUCAUGGACCGCUCAGCUCCUCAGCUGGCAAACCUUCAGGAAUCUUUCAUCACUCACAUUGUGGGGCCGCUGUGCAACUCCUAUGACUCAGCGGGGCUGAUGCCAGGGAAAUGGGUGGAUGACAACGAUGAGUCGGGAGAUACCGACGAACAGGAAGAAGAAGAUGCGGCAGAAAUGGACACCUGUGAAAACCCUGAGUCAAGGAAAAAGAGGAGAAAAAUGUACUGCCAGAUAACCCAGCACCUGAUGGAGAACCAUCAGAUGUGGAAGAAAGUGAUCGAGGAAGAAGAGCGGAGAGCUGGGAUCGAAAAGCCAACCCUAGAGCAAUCCAAUUUGCACCAAUCCUCAGAUCAAAUCGAGUCCAUCAAAGAGGAAGAAGAGGAAAAAGGGAAGCCCAAAGGGGAAGAGGAAAGCACGGCUUUGGAAACGAGUCAGUGA